CAACAGACGUCCAGACCGCGGAUGCAGCAAGAAGCACCACCAGGACCCACCCAAACAGGCCAAGCCACUCGGACUCGGGAGAGUCGCACUGGGCAAAGGCUGGUGGUGCACGCAGGAGGAGAAGGAGGCGCAGGAGAGGAGGGCAGAGAUCCCUCCCAACGGUGGACAGACCCGGCGUGUAUGACGACCCCCGGAAGAAGGCCAUGAGCGGUGCCUGCCUCAAGUGGUAUCUGCGGUACCUCCGGGAUGGGAUGACCCCUGAAGCGGCGGAAUCCCUGGCUAAGCAACGGUACUCGGAUACCACGGUACCACCAACAAGGGAACGCGGCAAGGCAGUGUCGGUAAGUGCGCAAGGCAGCCGGUCUAUAGACCGUGGCCAGAGUAGUGCACCACCGACUGAUACGCGCGGUGACGGGAAGGCGGUCACCUUCGCAGAGACCGUUAAGAGAAAGAGCGGUCAACUAACACCACAGGCGCCCCCCAGCUCGAAAAUGCCGAGGGACAACAGCAGAAGAGCUGAAGGACAACCAUCAGCACCGGCUCCCUCCCGGGUGGAGGAGGGGCGGCGCAGGUAUGUGGAUGCUGUCAAAAGCAUCCGCAUGGCUGUACUGCCUCAGGACUACCCGGCAGUGUCUCUGGAGUCGGAGCAGCUUACGGAGUUUCAAAACCUCCUCCUAGAAGAGGUAGCCGGCGGAGCUGACUAUGCGGCGUCCUUCCUUGGAGUGGAAUUCAGAGGCGGCAUGCUACAGGUGGACUGCAAUGACCAGGAAUCCGCCGACUGGCUGCGGGAAUUUACCCCAAAGCUAAGUGGCUGGACUGGUCCAGUCCUCUGUGCAAAGAGGGCGGAGGACCUGCCAGUUAUGCACAGGAUGACGGUGUUCCUCCCCCGCAGCGACGACAAGCCGUACCAGUUUGCCCUAAACCUAAUAAAGAAUCAAAAUCGGGGCCUUAGCAUCGCGGCCUGGCGAGUUGUCAGUAGCCAGCUGGAAGACAAAGGUGAGCUAAGAGGAUGGAGACUGUACCUGUACAUAGACGAUGAGUCGUACAGGUACAUACGUGCAGCAAGCUUCCGCCUGUUUUACAGGUUUAGCAUGGUGGUCAUGAGGCCGCACAAACCAGUGACCACAGGAAGCAAGGAGGACGAGAAGACUGCCACCCAGCCGAGUGGUAGCGCGUCAACACGGACAGGUACGAUGUCAAGCAAGGUGGUGGAGAGGAUGCAGGUGGAAGCCGUGGCACAACCGGGCGUGAGCAGGGUUGAGCAGACCACGGAGGUCGCCACCGCUGACGCCAUGGUUGCCCCUGAAACCGAGCUACCCUCCACCCAGGAACUCCUCGAGGGACUAGAAGACCACGAUCCGGUGGACAGCAGCGCGAUCGACGGAGGGGAUAUCAUCGACAACAAUAUAAGGUCGACGGCGCUGAAAACUGUGCCCCUGCAUGCUGCUCAGCAUGCUUACAGAGCGGGAAGAUCAACCAGUACGGCUCUGUACCAGUUGACCUCGGAGAUCGAGAGCACACUGGAGGAAGGGGAGGUGAUGAUAUGCGCCUUUCUAGAUAUCGAAGGUGCCUUUGACAACACGUCUCACAGGAGUGUAGCCAGGGCACUGGAGAGAAGGAAGGUGGCUGCACCGGUGCGCAGAUGGAUUGAUGCUGUGCUGCGCACCAGAAUAGCCGAGACCAAAGUAGGCGAUACAACAAUUCGUCUGGGGGUGACAAGAGGAUGCCCACAGGGAGGUGUACUAUCACCACUACUGUGGAGCCUUGUCGUGGAUGAACUGCUUGAAUUGCUAACCGAUAACGGGAUCCGCUGCCAAGGGUAUGCGGACGACAUAGUGAUAUCAGCAAGAGGUAAAUUUGAGGAUACUCUCUGCGACCUAGUACAACGUGGUCUAAACCUGGCAAAGGGGUGGUGCAGGGGAGUUGAAUUAAACAUCAACCCCUCGAAGACAACCAUAGUCGCAUUUACAAGGCGCAGGAACCUCACACUUGGGGGCAGAGAGAUUGAAAUGACAAACAAGGUUAAGAAGUACAACUCUGGUGUACCUGUAGUUUCUCUAAUUUGUGCUUCAGAUUUGUACAGAAUAUAA